AUGUCGACACCCCACCGGGGAUUGCCUCCUCCCGGGGCAAUGACACUUCCACCACCAACUCAACAACAGCAACCACAACCGCAACCACAGCAGCAACCACCGCUUGCUCAACCACCUCCUUUGAGUCAACCUAUGGGACAGCUUCCAGCUCCACCUCAGCAAUGGCAAGGUGCAGAGGAAUCUAUGAGAAAUUGGCUAAACGCUAAGGCCGAGGAAGACAAGAGGAAGCAAGAAGAGGAAAAGACACGACAAGAGUCACUUCGACUGGAGCAGCGCAAAAUUGAGCAAGACAUGCUAAGAACAUCUUUAUCUGGUGGAAUUCCGCCAUAUAUGAUCCCUAUGGUAUUUGCUGGAAUGGGAGGAGGAAAUCUUCCAAAUGCCAGCUUGGAAUGGGCACAACACUACAUGGCACAAGCACAUCAUCUUCAGCAACAGCAGCAACUUCAGCAGCAGCAGCUUCUUCCAGCCCAAGCCCAAACUUCUCCAGAACAGCUUCAACGCAGAGAUUCUCGUGUUAUAUCUCAGCCAUAUGGAGCACAACAACAUCCGGCACCAUUGACUCUACCGUCUACACCAAUUGGACCAUCUACCUCGCAACAGAGUGCUGGAUUUUUGCCUAGCUAUCAGAUGUCUCCAGCUCGCCAGAGUACCCAAGGACAGGGGAUUAUUGCCAGGCCGCCUCAAACGUCUCACUUGCCUAGGCUGAAUACGGGAGAAAUGCUCGUCCAACAGCCUCCAGCUGGUCAAAGCAUGCAGCAUCCUCUCCAGCAGACACAGUCUGCUCAACAACAGGAGCAACAGUCCUCCCCCUCCAUAUAUUUCCACCACUGGCAGCCGCCAACAACACAAGCAGGUACCACAUCUGGUACCAACCAGCCCUCGACUCCUUCAGAUCAUACUUCGUCCCCAAAGAAACGGAAGGCUACAGGACCUCAACAGGCGGCACCCCCACCUACCUCCCAGCCGCAGUAUACAUCACCUCCAUUCUCGGGCUCGUCAGUCUCGAAUACUCCAUCUAGCCGAUAUCGUGGGCAUUCGCGGCAACGAAGUGACCUGUCUGCACGAGGCUUGGACUCCUAUGGACGACCACUCAGUCGCCAUCGUCAUGAGAACAGCUUCGGCCAGAAUAUGACCUCACCACCACAUUCUCAGGCUCAUGGUUCCGAAUCACAGGCACAACAAACGCGAGGGCCAGCGGGCUCGGUUGAACCGCGACGUCGGUCAGGGGGCUCGCAUCCGGUGUCGUCGAUGCUGGAGCAGCCACAACAAAGCCAACCGCAAUCGCAAUCUCAACACUCCCACCAACAACAUGCACAACAUAUGCAACGAGACCCUCAGUAUUCGGCAGGGGCGGAGAUGAGGCACGAAGGACGACGUUCAACACCCGAAGAGCGGGGGAGUUCCAUCUCUCGAAGGGCCAGCGUUAUCAAGCGAGAUGAGGGGCGAGAUUAG